AUGACCACUAAUCAUACUUUAAAUCCGACUAACAAACAAACGAGAGAAAAUAAUCCGCUGUUCAGUUGGCAUAUCAAAAUGAAUAUAGACCGUAUUGAACCAAAUUUCGAACUAGUUGAAUUUGACAAUCUAACGAAAUCAAGUCGAGUGUCACAUGAUUCUGAGAAUAAUACAAAUGUUCUUUUUCAACUUUACAAACCACAACAUUCAUUUCCUCGUAAUAAUGAUCAGUUCAUUUCAAUUCAUUUAGCUGAAAGCAAUCAAAACAUGGAUAAUUAA